AUGGGAAGUCAAGCGAUAAAAGCAGCUGAUCAACCACGAGCUCAAUGGUAUUGGAAAUCGAAUUCUGAUCCAUGGUCAACAAAUGAAAAAGAAGAAUGGACAAAAUAUUCUGAUAUCGAAUCGGCGAUUACUGAAGAAGCAUUUAAUAGAAAAAAUCAAACAAAACUAGCUGACCUGGAUAAUUAUUCGAUUAACUUAAACAAUUCUAUUCAAAUCAAUAAAUCGGAUCCAAAUAAAUAA